AUGGAUGGUGUAGCAGUGGCAGCUGAGACCUUGGAGUGGUCUCUCCCGGUUCCUAGUGUGCAAGAGCUUGCAACACGGCGGCCGGAGACCGUGCCGGAAAGGUAUAUAAGGGAUGACAUGGAGAAUAUUGCAGCCAUUGAUCCCUCUGGUUGUCCUUCCCUUGUUGUGCCAUUGAUUGAUAUGAACAAGCUCCGAAACAAUAAUGACUCCCAACAGCAAGCUGUAGAGCUUCAUAAGCUUUACUCCGCAUGCAAAGAUUGGGGUGUUUUUCAACUUCAAAUGAAAUCCAUAAAAAAAAUGAGGGAGCAAGCUAAAGAGUUCUUUGACCUUCCUUUGCAAGAGAAGAAACGCUCAGCACAGCAACCGGGAAGCCUUGAAGGCUAUGGCCAGGCAUUUGUAACCUCGAAAGAUCAAAAGCUUGAGUGGAAUGACAUGAUAUUCCUCCGGACUCUUCCUGCUCAAAGGAGAAACAUGAGUCUGUGGCCACAGCAGCCUCCUAGUUUCAGGGAAACAUUAGGGAAUUAUUCAGAAAACAUGAGGGAGGUGGCAGUCUGCUUGAUGAAAUUCAUGGCAAAGGCACUUAAGGUGGAGGAUGAAAAAUUGUCUCAAAAUUUUCAAGAAGGAAACUAUGAGGUCAGGAUGAACUACUAUCCUCCUUGUCCUGCAUCAGAGCGAGUGCUUGGGCUUAACCCUCAUGCUGACAUAUCUGGGAUCACUCUAUUGCUUGAGUGUGGUGAUAUGCCUGGAUUACAGGUCCUAAAGGAUGGCCAAUGGGUGUUUGUUGAACCCAUCCACGACGCCAUUGUCGUAAACCUUGGUCAGAUUAUAGAGGUAACAAGCAAUGGGAUUUUCAAAGCACCCCAACAUAGAGCAGUGGCAAAUGGAUUGAAGGAGAGGCUAUCGGUGGUAACAUUUUGCUAUCCUAGUUCAUCUGCCAACAUUGGGCCAGCCGAGCCACUUAUCAAGUUGGGAACUCCCCCUCUAUACAAGACCGUCACCAAUGAGGAGUAUUUUCAUUAUUUUUUCAACCGAAAGUUUGAUGAUCCAUUCAUUGAUAUGCUGAAGCUGAAACCCUAA